CUCCUCGCAGUUUCAGUUGAAAGACAGAAACGGCGGCUUGAUUCGAGGUCAGUUUAGUCCGCGCACGAGCCGAAAUAAGCUGAGCUUUCGUCCUGAUAUCGUCGUAACAUCGGGACAAAUCGCGACACGAACGAAUAACGAUGAUCUUUCGCUCGUAUCGGGUGGUGGCACGGUGAGACGAUCAACCGGUAAUCGAGAUUCGCUCGAGAGUCGGGAUAAACCGAACGACGAGUCUAGUGUCGGUAGUAAAACGUAUGCUGUAACAUCGGUGACAGAAGAGGUUAGGCGUAGAGGAAGGGAAGGAACAACGGACUGUGAGAUCGUUGGCUUCGUCGUGUGUCGAAGCGAGUAGAGCUAGUGUUCAUUGUGCCAGCCAACGGUUUACUUCGACCAGCGCCAUCGUGACAACGCAGCAUCGACAUGGAGGAUACGGAAGCGGAAUAGUGUCGUUGAGAUGCCGUGAAGUAGUUCCCGAGACAUGAAGAGAGCGCGACCGUGGGCCGCGUGGGUUUCUCUGAGUCGGGACCGACGAUAGCAGAGCCGCGAUCAAAAUGAGCAUUCUAAACGCGGAUUCGGAGAACCGCGUGACCCUGAACGUGGGCGGUAUCCGGCACGAGACGUACAAGGCGACCCUGAAGAAGAUCCCCGCGACCAGGCUGUCGAAGCUGACCGAGGCCCUCGCCAACUACGACCCGGUCUUGAACGAGUACUUCUUCGACAGGCAUCCGGGGGUCUUCGCCCAGGUGCUCAACUACUAUCGCACAGGGAAGCUCCAUUACCCGACCGACGUGUGCGGCCCCUUGUUCGAGGAGGAGCUCGACUUCUGGGGCCUCGACUCCAAUCAGGUGGAGCCCUGUUGCUGGAUGACGUACACCCAGGUGAUCAGCAUAGUCUCGGUCCUGUUCAUCUGCAUCUCGAUCCUGUCGUUCUGCCUGAAGACGCAUCCGGACAUGCGGGUGCCGGUGAUCGUGAACCGUUCGGUGAACACGGGGAACGGGAGCUCCUGGGCGGUGGACAAAACGCACACGAACGCUCACGACUUCUUUUUCUACAUCGAGUGCGUGUGCAACGCCUGGUUCACCCUCGAGUUCCUGAUACGGAUCACCGCAAGCCCGAACCGGUGCGUGUUCAUCAAGAGCUCGGUGAACCUGAUCGACAUGGUCGCUACCCUGAGCUUCUACCUCGACCUGGCCCUCCAACGCUUCGCCUCCCACCUCGAGAACGCGGACAUCCUCGAGUUCUUGAGCAUAAUACGCAUCAUGAGACUGUUCAAGCUGACACGCCACUCGUCCGGCCUCAAGAUCCUGAUCCAGACGUUCCGCGCAUCCGCCAAAGAGCUGACCCUUCUUGUAUUCUUCCUGGUCCUCGGCAUCGUGAUAUUCGCGAGCCUGGUCUAUUACGCGGAGCGUACCCAGUACAAUCCGAAGAACGACUUCAAGAGCAUACCGUUGGGCCUGUGGUGGGCCCUGGUCACGAUGACCACGGUCGGCUACGGGGACAUGGUGCCCAAGACCUACGUGGGCAUGUUCGUGGGCGCCCUCUGCGCCCUGGCCGGCGUGCUGACCAUCGCCCUGCCGGUGCCCGUGAUCGUCAGCAACUUUGCGAUGUAUUACAGUCACACGCAGGCGCGAGCCAAGCUGCCCAAGAAGAGGCGCCGCGUGCUUCCGGUCGAGCAGCCGAGGGUCCGGGCCGCGCCGCUGGGCGGAGGGGUGGCGGGCGCGCAGGGGCCCCCGGCCUACACCCAACACCACCACAUGCACCCGGGUGGGCCCGCGUCGGGGGCCGCCCCUGGACACGGGCAGACGCCCGGGAUCGGGUGCAUAGGCGGCCAGGGGCCUCAGAACAGACGGAUGAACGCCAUCAAGACCAAUCAUCCCAAGGAUGUUUCGUUCGCCGCGAAAACAGUGGGUUCCAGAGGAGGAGCGGAGGAACUCUAACCUGCGGACCAACGGGACCAAGAUAGCCGGAGGUUUGGGUUAAAGCUGGAACCAACACUACUCUCCACUGCCAAGGCGCGCUCGACAAGGGGCGUCGGGACGUCGACCUAUCGAGUCGAAUGCGGGGAAUACGGAGUGAAGGAGAGGAAGGAAGGAAGCCGGGUAAAGGAGGGGAAAGAUCGGAGGAGGAACGAGCUCGAGGCGGGGGUAUCAAGAUUGCAUGAUCUAUAAGGGAAUAUUAGAUCGGCGCGGACCCGAAUGUCGGAUUUUUUUCAUCCCAGCCACGUCUCUUUCAGCGCGUCAAUUAUUUACGCGCGUCCCCUCUUAUUUUUCGUUCCCUUCCUUUUUGCACGCGUGUUGCCGAGAGAGAGAGAG